UGUGUGGUACAAAUGUUCAAAGCAUCAAAUUUAAAACGGAAUAUAUUUAGAAAAUUUGUAUCUUUGACAUAAAACCAUGUCAGAUUUUUGUUCAACUGUUUUUUCACAAAGUUAUGGUACACUUGUAGUUUUUGCUAGUAUAUGAAUUGAACCCGAUCCCAUCUUGUAAGUUAGAGUUUUGAUAUAGAAAGUGAAGGAUUAUUAUUUUUUUAAUUUUCCAAACAAACUACAUUCCAACGAUACUUCUGGCGCAUAUAGUUUCAAAAGCUGAAUAUCUUAUUCAAGAAACAAAACAAAAAUUAACAAACCAUAUACAAUUUUCAAAAUAUUGCAACAGCUCAAAUUGUACUACUACUUCAAAAAAUUUCGUCAAAUUAAUAUUAUAUACCUUGCCAAAGCGCUGGUCGUUGUACUCCCACCUAGUCUGUAAGCACCCUGCUCUACAGAAAGAAUACGAUGCUGGCAGCAUAAUGUGAGCCACCCUGUUUUGUGUACAACGAUUGUUCGGUACAAGUUGUGCGCAUGUAGUGGUGAACUGUUGACAAGCGUCAUUUAGAGGGGAAGGUGUGAGUUUCUCGAAAAAGUGAUGCGCUGGUAAUUUGUUGUUUAUCGGUGAGCAACAUAACUCUAUCCUACUUUUGUGCUUAAUUCUACGAUUAAUCUUCACAAAUCGGUUGCCAUAUCCAUACAUCCAGCAUACAAGGCAACAUUGCUCGGCAUUGACAGCUUGCAGCGUCACAUUUGGUCCGUUUUGUGUACAAUCCGUGUUCGGUGCAAGUUAUUAUUUUACGCUGCGGAACCGAAUCACUGGUGCACAGUACUGCAAGUGCAGCUUCAAUAGAGCAAAAGGUAUCAGCGUCAGUUUGAAAUCUAAAACCAACCCUUUAACGUAUCGCCAUGUCCGUGGAGUGGAAGCGUGAUUCGACCGAAGUAUUGAUACAGGCGUACAAGAAGCAUCCGGUACUGUACGACAUGCGCCAUCCGCGCUAUUACAACAAAACCGUCCGCGGAAAGGCACUGGUGGAAAUCGUAGACAAAGUGCAGCACUUGCGACCGGAUACAACGAUGAAGGAUGUGGUGCGGAAAAUACAAACCUUACGGACCCAGUUUGGGCAGGAAUUGACAAAAGCACGCCGUCACACGCUGAAUGGAUCGGUGUACCAUCCUACGGUCUGGUGGUACCAGGGACUAAGUUUUCUGCAGAACCACAUCAAACAUCGUUCCUUUGAUCCUAAUCCAGGCAUGGGGGAUAUGGACUCGUGGAAGUCAGAGCCCGACGAUAACAGCUCCUUUAAAGUAUCGAUCGUACGCAACGGGACGUCUGAGUCACCGAACAAUCUCGAUUACGAAAAUUCCACGGACGAGCUGGAGUACGAGACGGAGGUUCAUUACGAAAUCAAUUCGGUCGAUAUGAAGGACAUCAAAACGGUCGAAUUGAAGCCAAUCAUACCGUCAAGCUCUUUGGCAAAAAAGCGGGAAUCCCGGUACGAAGAUAGAGAGGAUCGUAAGAUCAGUCGAACCUCCCAAAUCGUACGUAACGAUCACAUAGAAAGAUCGCACUCACCUGUAGCUGAGCAAGAUCAAUCUUCGGAGCAAUCUGCAACAUUGAUGGAAUUGAAGACCGUAAAUUCGUUCCCCGGUAAUGAGCUGAUGCCUAGCUCCGCGACCACAAGCGAGCGUCACAGUAGUUUAGGCAACUUUGUGGGAUCACAGAUGGGUAGCAUUAAGGACGAUUACUUAUACUAUGAAACGCAGAUGGAGAUAUUGAACAUUAUGAAUCGCGGUAUUCUACGUCAGCUUGCUCUGGACAAGAAAAACGGCAAAACUGAUCAGGAAAGCAGUAAAGAUCGCGAGAAAAAGAAGAAUCAUGAGUAAAUUUCUUCUUACAUUUAUCGUUAGCAGGUUACAGUUUUAAGCAAUAUUUUAAGAUUUUUCUUUCAAGUCGCAGUGGCAAAUUUAGUUUUACCAGAGAUCAACAAGGAUAGAUGAAGAUCGGAAGUGAAGUCAAUCACCUCAUGACGAAUGCUGUGUAGUUGCUCUGAUCAACGCCAGAGAAUCAAUCGUUUCUAAUAUCCAUUAUUUUAGUCAACAGUUUAGAGUUGGGAAUGUUUUCUCAUAUAUUAGUGCCCAUUAUCCAGAUGAUGGAGUAAUUCUACAAAUGCUGUUUCUCUUUUUCGAUUAAUAUUAAAACGAUAAAAAAUUUGUUUUUUGCUUAGACUUAUUUUACCACGUAGCAGGAUAGUCAGUUCAUGCUACGGGGAGACGGUCCGGAUGAGAUUCGAUCCCCAGUCCUACCGUGUGGGCCGGCGCCAUUUACACCACCCAAUAACCGCUCCAAUAACAAUUUUAGACCUUCACGAAAAUUAGUGCAUUACAACGAUCAAGAUUGGGAUAAGAAAGUAUAUUUUC